AUGGCUAUCACCGACUUUCUCGCAGCCUCGGACAUCACAUUGGCUAUUAACGCUUGUAAAGUGAAGGAUUCCUUCAGCCCGAAGACGUUUUUCAAGACAGUGGGUUUGUCCAAGAAAACUCCAACAGAGGUUGAGAGCGUCUUUACGAUUUUGGACCAGGACAAAAGUGGCUUCAUCGAACAGGAUGAGUUACAACUGUUCCUGCAGAACUUCUCCAAAGGAGCGAGGCAACUGACUACAACUGAGACCAGAGGUUUCAUGCUGGAGGGAGACGCGGACGGAGACGGGAAGAUCGGCUGGGAAGAGUUUUCUGCGCUGGUCAAGUCUGCAUAA